AUGACUGCUGCCCUGCAUUCCACCAAGGAAAGAGUUGGCGAGGACUCGGACGGCGUGUUGAAGGAAGCUUGGCGCAGCUCCUUGGGCCAUUUGCUCUUGUUGCAGGCGGCCACGCUACGAAAGGACUUGGUCACCCUGAACCUGGGGCUGGCCGCACUGGGUGCCGGACAGAGGUGGGGGCAAGCGCUUUGCUGGCUACUGGAGUCCUGUAGCAGGGUCUUGCACUCAGCGGACGCAGUGGACCAAGUCACCUAUGGCGCACUGCUGGGCGCGCGCUUCCCGAGUGCUUUGGCACUGAAGCUGCUGGAGCGGAUGAAGCAGCAGGACCUGGAGCCCAAUGCAGUGAUCCACUCGGCCGUGCUGGGCGCCUGUGAGCGCGACGGGAAUCUAGCAGCUGUGCCCGGCAGCCUUGGGGCUUUGGCCCAGGCAGGAACGGACCCUCGCUACAAUUUCUUGUGCAUGCCUGAUGUUGUGACCUACAACGCGACCAUGGAUGCCUGUGCUCGGGGCCAGCACUGGCAGAAGUGCCUGACGUUGUUCAAUGAGAUGUUUCAUAGCAUCCUCUAUCCCAGCAUCAUCUCCUACAACACCGCAAUUGCGGCCUGCGAGCAUGGGCCUUGGGACCUGGCUUUGGCGCUGCUGGAGGAUCUCCAACGACAAGGUUUGCACGCUCGCGCGGAUACUUUGAGCACCGCAAUGUCCGUGUGCAGCAAGGCACAGCAAGCUGGCGUGGCUUUGCAACUGCUGUCAAAGAUUCCUCGACACACUCCUCAAAGGCACUUGCUGAUCGCAUACAACACCGCCUUGAACGCGUGCGCCCGCAGCCAGCGAUGGACAUGGAGUUUGGGGUUGUUGGAAGACAUGUCCCGUGUGGACCUUUCACCUGAUGUGGUGUCCUUCUCUUCGGCGGUCACAGCAUGUGGAAAGAGCCAAGCAUGGCCCAUGGUCUUGGGCCUUUUGGAGGAUCUCAACACGCGGUCCUGUGCCAUGAACGACUACCUUUGCAAUGCAGUCAUGGAUAGCUGCAGCCGAUCCUUUCAGUGGCAGGUUGCUCUGGGGUUGCUCCAAAAGAUGGAUGAACAAAAGCUUCAGCCCAGCAUGGUGGGCACCAGCUUGGCCGUCAGUACCAUGGCCGCCUCUGGGCAUGAAACAGUGGCGCUCUCCUUGCUUCAGCAGAGGCCGAUGAUGAGGCCUGACGAGGCGGCGUAUGUGGGGAUGAUGGGUGCUUGCCAGGAAGGAGCGCUUUGGACGUUGGCACUGCAUCUGCUGGACACAGGUCGCUCCAAUGUCUCGGGGGAGACGUCUCAGCAGCUUUGCAGCCUGGCCAUGGCCGCCUCUGAGGCCUCGGGGCAAUGGGAAUCCGCCCUUGCCAUUCUAGCCAAGAUGCAGGACCAUGGCCCACAACCCAACUUAGUGGCCUUGAACGCUGCUGCGUCAGCGCUGCUGAACUGCGGUCGCCUGGCCGAGGCGUUGGCGCUCUACCGCGAGGCGGAGGACAACGGAUUGAACGCCCAGUGGCUGGACACCGGCCGCUUCCCCUCCGCUGACCUGGACUUGCACUGCUUCCCCGUGGAGCUGGCGAAGUUGGCCGUGAUGCGGCAGCUCCUGGACUUGGCCCUCCAGGGCCCCCGCAGCUCAGGCUUGCUCUUGGUCACGGGUGCUGGGCGCCACGGGGGUCGCCCCGUCUUGGCGCCACGGCUCCGGCCGUGGCUGGAAGAGUUGGGUCUGCCGGUGGAGGAUGGGGACUGGUUCGGCACCACGGGCCGCUUGUUUCUGAGCGAGACAGUCCUUGACAAGCAAUGGAACAUCAAGGUCUGUGACUUUGGGAAGACUCAGGAGAUGCCGCCCAUGGGAGUGCGAGGGGAAGACACUGCCGCAACGUGCCCGUAG